GGCCGCGGCUGGGGUUUGCGCAGGCGCACAGCUCCAACCGGGAAGCAUGGCGGACCUAGCGACUCAACCCAGCAAGAGAAAGCGCGAACUGGACGCCGAGGAGGCGGAAGCUGCCAGCACAGAGGCAAAGGAAGCGGGCGUUGAGAAUGGUACCUCCGCUCCUGUGCGCUUACCGUUCUCCGGCUUUAGAGUGAAAAAAGUGCUGCGGGAGUCUGCGCGGGACAAAAUCAUUUUUCUCCAUGGGAAGGUAAAUGAGGCCUCUGGGGACGGGGAUGGAGAGGAUGCCAUUGUGAUCCUGGAGAAGACACCAUUUCAGGUGGAGCAGGUGGCCCAGCUCCUGAUGGGCAGCCCUGAGCUCCAGCUGCAGUUCUCCAAUGAUAUUUACAGCACCUAUCACCUGUUUCCGCCACGGCAGCUGAGUGACGUAAAGACAACCGUGGUUUACCCUGCCACAGAGAAGCACCUAGAAAAGUACCUGCGCCAGGACCUCCACCUGGUCCGAGAGACGGGGGCCGAUUACAAGAACGUCACCUUGCCCCACCUGGAGUCCCAGAGCCUCAGCAUCCAGUGGGUGUACAACAUUCUCGAUAAGAAGGCUGAAGCUGACCGGAUUGUUUUUGAGAACCCAGAUCCCUCUGAUGGCUUUGUCCUCAUCCCCGAUCUCAAGUGGAACCAACAGCAGCUAGAUGACCUGUACCUGAUUGCCAUCUGCCAUCGCCGGGGCAUCAGAUCACUGCGGGACCUUGCUCCAGAGCACCUGCCGCUGCUCAGGAACAUCCUCCGGGAGGGGCAGGAAGCCAUCCUGCAGCGCUACGGGGUGAAGGGGGACCGCCUCCGAGUGUACCUGCACUACCUGCCUUCCUACUACCACCUGCACGUGCACUUCACUGCCCUGGGCUUCGAGGCCCCUGGCUCAGCGGUGGAGCGGGCUCACUUGUUAGCAGAGGUGAUCGAGAACCUGGAGUGUGACCCGGAGCACUACCAGCGGCGCACCCUCACCUUUGCCCUCCGGGCCGACGACCCCCUGCUCCAGCUCUUGCAGGAGGCCCAGAGGAGCUGAGUGUGGCCCAGGGGCCGUCCCCUGGGACAGGAACACAGAUGUGCGGGCUGGCGGGGGGGGGGGGGCGGGGAGGGAUGGAGGGAGUUUUCGCACCAAGUGGAUUUUUCAAAAUUGUAUUUUGUACCGGCUUAUUUCUAGUAUGUGAAUAAAGUAUUGGUCUCCUUCGGUGUGGACCGACGCCAGGGCCUGGGGAGGCAGGUGGUGCGAAAGAGCGGGGUGGGCAGAUCCUGAGAAAAGAGCAGCCAAGUCGGGGGGCGGUGGCUUCAGCUGACCUGGGAGCGUGCCGAGGGCUUUCUGCAAAUCCCUGGGAGCGCCAUCCCUGGCGAUUGCCGAGUCCGGAAUCCGACAGCACCUCUCCCCAUCUGCAAGCCUUACUCCGCCAUCACGCCCCUGUCCCUCCUUCCAUUUUCGACAUCUUCCUAAUGGUUUUCUGGGCCCACAUGUCUGGGAGUUCCCCAAAAAAACCAAAUACAAAAGCUCUCUGGAAAUAA